AUGCGGACACACCAGCAACCGCAGCAGCAGCGGCGCGGCGGCCUGCGCCUCGCGCUGCUGGUCUGCCUGCUGGCGCUGUCCCACGGCGCCAGCGCACAGGGCCUCCUAGAUAUGUUUGAGAACGGCGCUGCCGCCACUCCUGACGCCACCACACCCACCACCACCACUCCUGAGACCACCACCACCACGCCCACCACCACCACACCCACCACCACCACUCCUGAAACCACCACACCAUCUCCCGCCACCACAACACCCGCUCCCGCAACCACCACGCCCGCGCCCGCCACCACCACGCCCGCGCCCGUCACCACGCCAUCUCCCGCCACCACCACCACACCCGCGCCCGCCACCACAACACCAUCUCCCGCCACCACCACCACGCCCGCUCCCGCCACCACCACCACGCCCGCGCCCGCCACCACCACCACACCUGCUCCCGCCACCACCACCACACCCAACAUCACCACUCCUGCGGUGGGCUCCCCUAACACCACCACGCCCGCCGGCACCACCACCACUGCCCCGGUGCCCCUCAAUGCCGGCAACGUCACCACGGGCACUCCGGCCGUUGACAUGGCGCCCGGCGCCGACGCGGCGGCAGUCUCCGCCGUGGGCACCGUGACCACGGAGCAGCAGCUUGCGGCGGAGAACACGCUGCCCCCGGGCCCCCCCAUGGACUGGACCACGCUGCAGAAGGACUGCCAGCUGGUGUUUGACGUGGAGAUCCGCGGCGCCUUCAUCGUCCCCUUCACCUCGCCCAAGGCCACCGUCAUUGCCCGCGUGCUGCGCGACCGGUACCUGCGCUCCGCCCAGCUGCCCGACAUCUCGGUGCAGGCCAUGAACCCGUUCAUGUACCUAUCGUACGACAAGCUAGAUGCCGACGACGCGCUGUCCGACGCGCAGGACGAGGCGGCGGCCGCCUCGGGCGCCACGGGCUCUGCCGCGGUCGGCGGCCGCCGCCGCCUCGCCUCGCGCGACCUGCUCCAGAUCGAGAAGAGCGGCGCGGAGCUGCGCAUCGUGGUGGCCACCUCCUCCGUGCGCACCGACAGCGAGAUGGCGACGUUUGAGGAGGGGGUGGAGAGCGGGCGCAUGGCGCGCGACUUCACGCUGGCGGGCAUCGACACGGAGAACCUGACCCUGCUGAUGCCGCCCUACCAGGAGGAGCUCAUCGGGCCAGGCACUGUGGACGAGGACGCAGCCAGCGGCGGCACGCAGUCGUGGGUCGUCGGCGUGAUUGUGGGCGUGAUCCUGCUGCUGCUGCCCGUGCCGCUCUUCAUGCUGGUGCGGUCUGGCAGCAUGGGCGGCCUGGCUGGCUACGCCAACAACGGGCGCCUCAACUCGUGGUCGGGGUCCCCCGAGCGGCAGUACGGGCAGUACAACCCCUACGGCAUCUCCCGCCAGACCUCCGCCACCUCCAUGGGAUCCGCGCUGCAGAGCGCGCGCGGGCCCAGCUACACGCGCACCCCCUCGCUGCCCGGCCAGCCGCGGGCUCCGUUCCAGGGGCCCAUGGCGCCGCCGCCGGGGGCCUAUGAGGAGGAGCUGCAGACGGCGCGCUCCACCCGCAGCCAGAAUGGCGGGCAGUGA